AUGUCGUCUCAACCACCCGCUAGAGCUUACGUCUCGUCCUCUGGGACACUCGGUACUCGACCACUCUCCGUCAAGGUGAAAGAAGGGGCAUAUGGAUGGUGGAUGAUGUUUUAUCUCUUCUGGGAGACGUUGCUGCUGCCCAUGCUGAACCCCACAUUAUUUGCCAACCCUUCGAUGAGACCAACGAAAUCAAGCGCUAGUAAAGGAUCCGGAGGUGGAGGAGGAGGGUACCCUCGAGGUGGUGGUGGAGGAGAAGGAGGCAGCGGGCGAGGAGGAGGAGGAGGAGGAGGUGGUGGUGGUGGUGGUGGAGGAGGCGGCGGUGGAGGCGGUACUUGGCGAGGAAACUCCGGAGGAGGGUUUAGGACGAUGGGUGAUAUCACUGGAGGUAAUACUGUCGAUGGAUGCCGAGCGACUUGUGGAUAA